GGGGUUGUUGCUAUGGGAAUCGAGAGGGCACUUGCAGACAGCAGCUAGAGCCUGUGUCUUUCCCUGUCCGAGGCAGCUGGAUUUGGAGGGAAGCAAAACUAAAAGGAGGUGGCAGAGAGAGAGACAGAGGCACAGCAAAAUGCAUGCACGUUAGAGGAGGGACCUUCCCAGAAUGAGAGUACAGUGGGAUACAGAAGAGCAGGGACACCAAACUGUCAGGCAGCGGUGGCUCGGCUUGGCAGGAUAAACCUUAUUUUCUGCUCUGCUUGACACUGGAACAAAAGUCCAGUGAAAGCCUAACUGUAGCAAGAUGGGAUCUGCCUCCUCAACUUACCGGUCCAAGUGUAUUUAUUUGGAUAUUGAUGGAAGAAUUCAAAAGGUGAUCUUUAGUAAAUACUGCAACUCCAAAGAUAUUAUGGACCUCUUCUGUAUUGCAACAGGGUUACCAAGGAACACAACAAUCUCCCUUUUGACGGCAGACAACUGUAUGGUAUCCAUUGAUCCGACAAUGCCUGCAAACUCAGAGAGGUCUCCAUACAAAGUGAUACCUGUUGCCUCUGGGCAGCUCUCAGAGAAAGAAGAAUUGUUCCAGAAUUUAUUGGGACAAAUUGCUGAGCAGUUCUCAAGGGUUUUUAAAAUCAAUGAGCUGAAAACGGAAGUAGCUAAUCACUUGGCAAUGCUGGAGAAAAAGGUUGAAUUGGAAGGCCUGAAAGUAGUGGAGAUUGAGAAAUGCAAGAGUGACAUUAAAAAGAUGAGGGAGGAAAUGGCAGCAAGAAGCAGCAGGACUAACUGUCCCUGCAAAUACAGCUUUUUGGAUGAAAACAAGAGGCCGACUCCCCGGCGGGAUGUGCCAUCCUACCCAAAGUACAUGCUGUCCCAGGAGACCAUAGAAGCUCUUCGGAAACCAACCUUUGACGUCUGGCUGUGGGAGCCCAAUGAGAUGCUGAGUUGUUUGGAACAUAUGUACCAUGAUCUUGGGUUGGUAAAAGACUUCAACAUCAAUCCUAUCACGCUAAAGAGGUGGUUGCUGUGUAUUCAUGACAAUUACAGAAACAACCCCUUCCAUAAUUUCCGGCACUGCUUCUGUGUGACCCAGAUGAUGUACAGCAUGAUCUCGCUCUGCAGCCUCCAGGAGAAAUUUUCCCAAAUUGACAUCUUGAUUCUUAUGACUGCAGCAGUAUGCCAUGACUUGGACCAUCCAGGCUAUAACAAUACCUAUCAGAUAAACGCACGAACUGAGCUUGCAGUACGCUACAAUGACAUCUCCCCACUGGAGAACCACCACUGUGCUGUGGCUUUCCAGAUCAUUUCCCAGCCAGAAUACAACAUUUUCUCCAAUGUUGAUCAGGACCAGUUCAAACAGAUAAGACAGGGGAUAAUUACGUUAAUCCUGGCUACAGACAUGGCGAGACAUGCAGAAAUACUGGACUCUUUCAAGGAAAAAAUGGAAAAUUUUGAUUACUCAAAUGAAGAACACAUGACCUGUCUGAAGAUGGUACUGAUAAAAUGUUGUGAUAUCUCCAAUGAAGUCCGCCCGAUGGAAGUAGCGGAGCCCUGGGUAGAUUGCUUACUAGAGGAAUAUUUUAUGCAGAGCGACCGAGAAAAAUCUGAGGGCCUUCCAGUGGCACCAUUCAUGGACCGCGAUAAAGUAACCAAACCGACAGCACAGAUCGGCUUCCUGAAGUUCGUUCUCAUCCCCAUGUUCGAAACAGUAACAAAGCUAUUUCCAGAAGUGGAGGAGGUGAUGCUCCAGCCCCUUUGGGAAUCCAGGGACCGCUAUGAGGAAUUAAAACAGAUAGAUGAUGCUAUGAAAGAGUUGCAGAAAAAGAAAUGUGAAAGUUUGACCACCGGCAGUACUGAAAAGUGAGAUGAAAAAGUCUUUGAGCAAAACAGAAGCCCUAAGGUUAUUCUGGUUUUGAGAAAUGCUGUAUUUGCCAAACAGAUGUGGUGGCUACAUCAAAAUCCAACUGGGACUAUGUAUACGGAGAGGUGGCAGGCAUGGAUGCCCUGCCUGCCUGCCUGCCUGCUGGGCGCCUUGCCUACAGCCUGCAGCCUGCUCGCACAGGCACUGCCACCAUCGGGCACCAAGGGCUCCUCUCACUCCGGCAGAACCAUCGCAGCCCCCGGCCCCGGCAGGACUUCCCCUGCGGACAUUGCACAGAUUGCAGCACAGCUCAAAUCUCCAGCAGAUUUGGUGACCACACUGACCACGGUCUGUAGAGACAAAGCAGAAUUUAGCUAAGGAGCCUUUUCUAUAAAAUGAUCCACUGGCAUCCAAAAACAAAAGAAAAUUUGUUUUAGUCAAGAUCCUAUAUGUAUGUAUACAGCAGUAUGCUAAUUACAGCAGAGCUUAACAGAUGCUUAUAUUCUGACAGGGGUCCUGGCAUAUAUUUUUGUUUGCCUAGUAGGCCCUAAUGACACAUUUCUCUGUAUUAUUCUCUGAAUUUUAUAGUGUUCACAGUACACUCAGAAGCCCAGCAUAAUGGAUGAAAUUUUUUUUGUUGUUUUCUACACUAGAAGAAAACAGAAGAAACCUUUGUGAGUUUGCAGGUUCACUUUGUGGCCUGGUACAGCUAGAUGUCAAGGGACCCUUCAGCGCAAGCAAAGAAGGGAGCACAAAGCUGAAACCACUGUGCAAUCCAAUUUUUAUCCUCAUGGAUGCAAAAAGCAACAAGAAAAACCUUCAAAGAUGUACAGACUUUUUUUUUUUUUUUACUUUUAAACUGAUCUGCUAAAUAAUAUAUUCUUAUACAGAAA